CACGAAACUUAAUUCAAUUAUCUUUCUACAAAACUCUUUCUCUCUCUCUCUCUCUCCGUCUCUCUCCUGCAGAGAUGCUUAUUGCUACAUUAACAGUCACAGCUUUAGCAGUUCUUGCAGGAUGGGGUUAUCAAGCGAUUCAACCACCGCCACCAAAACUCUGUGGCUCUCCCAAUGGCCCUCCAAUCACUUCUCCGAGAAUUCAGCUAAGCGACGGCAGGUUUCUUGCCUACAAAGAAUCAGGAACUCCAAAGAACAAGGCCAAGCACAAGAUCAUCCUCGUUCACGGCUUCGACAACUGCAAAGAGCUCAUAUUACCCGCAUCUCAGGUUACAGUAAAAAAGAGCUGGUGUGUGAACUCGGGGUGUACUUUCUGUCGUUUGAUAGAGCGGGUUAUGGAGACAGUGAUCCAAACCCGAAGCGAGAUGCCAAAAGUGAGGCUACGGAUAUUGAAGAACUUGCGGAUAGGUUGGAUAUCGGGUUGAAGUUUUAUGUGAUUGGGUUUUCUAUGGGAGGGUAUCCGGCGUGGAGCUGUCUCAAAUACAUACCUCACAGAUUAGCAGGAGCAGCUCUGGUUGUACCCGUUAUCAACUACUGGUGGCCCUCAUUUCCUGCAAAUCUAUCAAAACGAGUAUACAGAAACUUAUUAGUACAGGAUCAAAUAACAUUCUGGAUAGCGCAUAAUGCUCCAUCGCUUUUAUGUGGGUGGAUGACUCAGAAAUGGAUCCCUAAACUGUCAGUUGUUGAGGGACACCCACACAUAUUCAGUGGGGAUGAUAAAGAGAUCAGGCAAAAGAUGGCAGCAUAUGCCGAAGAAAAUGGGUUUCUGAACAAACCUCGGCAGCAAGGAGUGCACGAGUCUCUUCAUCGAGAUCUGAUGGUCGGAUUCGGAAACUGGGAGUUUGAUCCUAUGAACAUAAGCAAUCCAUUUCCUGAUGAUGAAGGUAGUGUGCAUAUUUGGCAAGGAUAUGAUGAUAGGCUAAUCCCUGUUGAUUUACAGCGAUUCCUUGUAAAGAAGCUUCCAUGGAUACAGUAUCAUGAGAAUCCUAAAGGAGGACAUCUAUUCUUCUGGACAAAAGAGUGGAGUGAUGCAAUACUAGGAUCGCUUCUACGUGGACAGAUGCCAACUGCUACAUAGUGAAGAACUACGUUUAAUGUUAUGAGUUAGACAAACUCAUCUUUGGUUCCUGUAUCGAGUGAAGAAAUUUUAUGAAAUAAAGCAUUUUAAGGUCAAUUGAUACAGACAUUCAUGCAUUAAUACAUACCAGUUAAUUUUUUAUAA